UACAGUUACUAUAACUCUCUCAAAUAAUACAAUGAUCGCGAUUAUUUCUAGUUAAUACAGUUCAUACUAAAUUGUCCGGUUUAUGUUUUGGAGGUGCAAACAAAAUGAUGUUUAAUCAUCGAAAUCCAGUGACAGUCGGAUUUAUUUUCUUGAUUCUUCACAUCAUAUUGUUCUGUGACAGAUCAGAUAGUUUAAUCCAAUAUUAUCCACAGAAGAAAACUUGGUGGGAUGCUGCUUAUUUCUGUUAUUUGAAAGAUGGAUCAUUAAUGGCUAAUGACGGGUUAAAUACCAGUAUUAAAGAUAUGCCAAUUGAUCCUUCCGAAGAGCUAGAAUUCUGGACAAGAAAUAAAGUAUACUCCGAGUGGAUCACAAUUUUCGGAUGUCUUCGACUGGAUAAGCUUUUUCCGAGCAAAUACAAAUUGUUAACGCCUGAUGACAAGGAUUACGUCAUGACGUGCUAUUUACAUUGUUACAAGGGCUUUGACAUGCAUACAUUUUUCACCGUGAAGGGAUCCUAUUGCGCAUGUAUAGAUACUAAGUUUUUAUCAGAAAAAGUUGACUUAAUCGACUAUCGCCAAAACUGUGAUAAACUAUGCAAGGAUGGUAUUGGAAUUUGUGGUGAUUUCAUUGAAAAUGCAGAGUUUGUAACAGUGUAUAGAACAAUCACUUCCGGAUUUAAUAACUACACCCAACUGAACAAUUACUACCUUUCUCUUGGAGGACUUGAGAGGGAAUGUCUCGCAUUGGAUUGCGCAAAUGGCAGAGCACAAAUAAGACCGUGUGACGAAGAAAAUGAUGUUGUGUGUUCAGACGGAAUAUCAGAAUUGAUAGUGUGCGACGAUGCUACCAUACAUUGUAUUGGUGACGAGACGAUCAAGAUAGAUCAUGCUACAUUUGGUCGGAAUCAGAAAUCCGAAUGUUUUGACGAUGAGUAUACAUCUACAUGUAGCACUGAUUCUCCAACUGAUAUACUAAGCGUCAAUUGUGAUGACAAGACAGAUUGUAGCGUCAAAUCAUCCGUUGAACUGUUUGGAGAUCCAUGUAAUGGAUUGGACAAAGACCUAAGGAUCAAAUACCACUGUGAAGGAACAUCAUUUUUUAGUAAAUCGUGGAUAGAUAGUGUUCUCAAAUGUCACAGAAAUGGACAUAGUCUCAGAUUAAACUGUAGACAUGGAUCUGACGACAGCUUAUACUGGGUUGAAGCCUUCAGAGGAAUAGUUCCAACUUCUGAUUUCAAAAAUUUACCUGGACUAGAAAUUGCGAAAGCAGCCAAAUGUAAAAUAAAUAAACCGAACGAUGCCACACCAUAUUCUUGUGAAGUGACAAAUGAGUAUACUGAACUGCCAUUUACUUGUUUCUUUGAAGGGAAAGGCAGUAAAAAGAUGGGAUCCGACGAGAGUUCUUCUAGUACAGGGAUAGUUAUUGCAGUUGUAAUUGUAGUUAUAAUCAUCGCUAUCCUUGUUGCUGUGUUAUUUUACUGUAAAAGGAAGAAGUCCCUGUCUUCGGAUAGUGUAAACAACAAUUCUGUAUACAUGGUGCCUCAACAUAUCCGAAAAACAGAAAAUGUGUAUUCCAGUCCAGAAAAUAUCUAUCAUCAGUAUGACGAUAUAAUUGAUUCCAGGAAAGCAUUAACUGAAGCAAAUCAGCCACAUGAAACUGAUUCUAACGCAUCACCUAAUAUAUAUCUGUCUCUUUGUGGUUCCCGAGACGAUGUACACGAACAAUCGUCCAUAUCGUAUGAGGAUUCUGCGAACGACAAGAAUAAAAACUACGAUCGAGCACUUCCACAAUUACCCGACGAAACCCAAAAUUGACGAAACAGUCAACAUAAUUUCCCCCAAGCUGAACUUUUAUUCAAGCAUGACAGUCAUUGAUCGCUGUGUCAAAUGAAAGAUA